UGCCCUUCUACACCUCGAAAACCUCUUUACAUCCUAUCAAUGGAACCCCUGCCAUUGCUAAACCAUAGAAACCAAACUCAUAUUGAAGCUAAAAUCCUUACAAUCGGCAUAUAUUUAUUACACCAUGUCUACAGAUAGGCAUACCAAUAUAGGGGGUGAUUCCUCUUUGUUUGGUUGUCAUAACUCCGCUGUCCCCAACUUUUCCUCUAACAAGUCAAAGUUGCCCACAGAUAGACACUCGUUUUCCAGGAUAGUUGGUGUCGCUAGUAUCCAGAGUAAUGUCACAGGAAAUGACUUUGACGCAAAAUCCAUGUAUUCGGCCCGUUCUGUCUCGAGUCGUUCUAUCUCGAGGUUUAACUCUGUCAGUUCCAACCACUUUACCCAGAGGAUCUCCCUGGUUAUUGAUGCUGUGAAGGAUGAAAAUAGUAUCACGCAUAACCAGGAAACCGGACCGAUUAUGAUUCCGGAUUCUAGCAUAAAUAUCAUUCAGACACAGCUUUCGAGACAAGCUACUAAUGUCUCGGGCGAUGAAAGAUCCGGGAUCCACGUUAAGACACAAGAUUGGACCUCUGACCCCGAAAAAAUAACUGACAACGAUGGAAAAGAAAAGGAUAGUCUGAGCGACGAAGCGAUGUUUGACCCUACCAACGGUGCUCCAGAUGGAGGGUACUCGUGGGUGAUUGCGGUGUGUUGUUGUUUCCUCAGUGUUUCUACCUGGGGGGCAAAUGCUUGCUACGGUGUAUUUUUGAAUUACUUCAUCUCGUCAGAUUAUUUUGCAGGGGCGACGGAUUUUGACUUUGCUAUUAUCGGCGGAAUUGCGAUCGGGAUUUCUCAGGUAUUUUCGCCGUUUGUGUUUAUCUUUGUCUCGUACUUGGGCUUAAAACCUACAAUGAUUAUUGGUUUAAUAAUCCAAACUCUGGGAUACCUCUUAGCCGGCUUUGCUAGGUAUAAGUGGCAGCUUUACAUGACCCAAGGUCUCAUGAUUGGGGUUUCGUUUUCAUUGGUUUUUACGUCUAGCAUUGCCGUUUUGCCUAAUUGGUUUUACAAGAAACGUGCCCUUGCUUCGGGUAUCACAGUCAGUGGGUCUGGCUUAGGUGGCAUCGUUUUCUCUUUAUCGUGCAACAGUUUGAUGCAAAAAACCGGAAGUCAUCGGUGGCCGUAUAUCAUGGUAGCGAUCACCACCUGUACGAUGUGCAGUAUCUGUAUCAUAUUGAUUCAAGAGCACCCGAAGACGUCUCCCAAGUACAAAUCUAUCGCACCUCGCCCAAGUCUCUGGGUAGUCAUGAAGGUGGUUCUCAAUCCAAGCAUCGUGAUAAAUCCGGAGGUUAACUAUGUUGCUAUUUGGUUUGCUUGCUGCAAUGCCGCGUAUAUCACCUUACUCUUCUCUAUGUCAACCUACGCUUCUUCAGUCGGUUUAACCCAUGGACAGGGCUCAGUCAUCACGGCGAUUUUGAAUGCAGGCCAGUUUGUGGGCCGCCCAAUGUUGGGACACUUUUCAGAUAAGUGUGGUAGGAUCAAUUUUAGUAUUGUUAUAUCCCUUAUUGUGGUAGUAUUGCUCUUUGCGUAUUGGAUCAAUGCAACCACAUACGGAAGCAUCAUUGGAUUUGCCUUGCUAUGUGGUUUGACGUUGGGGAUUGGUGCUGUGAACAAUCAACCUUUGGUCUUAGAGGCCUCGGGGAUGGAGUUAUUCCCGGCGGCCUUUAGCUACUUGAACAUUGUAGUUUCUGGACCCCUGACAUUUGCAGAAGUCAUUGCCUUGAAAUUGAGGAAACCAGAUGCCCUGAGACCGUUCUUAUAUUGUCAGGUUUUGUCAGGUUGUUUCUUUUCAUCUGGGGUAUUGUUUUUGUUCUUGUUGCGUGAGAGGAAAAUUUCCAGGGUGGUUGUGCAGCGAAAGGAAGCCCUCGAGGAAACCAUGUAUGCACAUUAUACCUCAGGUCUCAACUCCCAGAGUGAAGAAGAUCCAAAGGAAUUGACGCAAACGGAGGCUGAUUUGAACGAAAAGAGAUUACGCAAGUAUGAGUUCUUGUUAAAGGGUGGGGUUAAAGGUUACUUGGCCCGUAUGCUAUACCCAAUAAAGGCAUGAUUAUGGCAAAUGUAUAU